AUGGCACCCUCUACACCAGAUACCGAGUCGCCGUAUACAGUUGGUGCGAUCGCAGGCCAACGCACUGGACGAUUAUGGUUUACCAACUCUGGCAUCAUCAAGCUCAACUUUAUGCUUGCCAUUUUUCAAAUUUCGAGUUAUGCAACUGGAUAUGAUGGCUCCAUGAUGAAUGGUCUUCAGUCCCUUAACACCUGGCAAAACUCUUUCAACAAUCCUGGAGCUUCUGAACUCGGCCUACUAAAUGCGAUCCAGAAUGUCGGCCAGCUUAUCACGAUGCCCGUCUGCGCCUAUAGCUGCGACAAGUUUGGACGCCGCCCGGUGCUUUUCGUCGGCGCUUUCAUUCUCAUGAUUGGAGUUGCGUUGCAAGCUGCAGCUCAGAAUGUGGGCAUGUUCAUCGCUGCUCGUGGAAUCAUCGGUAUGGGCCUUGUCCUAAAUAUCACCGCGGCCCCACUCCUUCUCUUGGAGCUGGCUUUCCCUCGACAGCAGGGCCCGCAAGUGGCCAUCUACAACAGCCUGUGGAAUCUGGGUGCACUUGUUGCUGCAUGGAUUACAUAUGGAACCUUCCGUAUCGACAGCACCUGGGCAUGGCGCAUCCCUUCCCUGCUGCAGGGUCUAUCCAGCGUGAUUCAAAUCGGACUCUGCUUUUUCAUCGAGGAAUCGCCCCGAUGGCUCAUCAGCCAGGAACGCGAUGAGGAGGCUAGAAAGUUGAUUUGCAAAUACCAUGCCAACGGAGAUGACUCUGAUCCACUCGUCACACUAGAGAUGGAGGAAAUCCGCACAGCCCUUCAACUUGAGCAUGAAGCCAGACAAAAUACCUCUUACUUGACCUUCUUCCAGAAUAAAGGAAACAUCAGGCGUUUUUUUAUCAUUCUGUCCGUGGGAUUCUUCUCGCAAUGGAGCGGAAACGGCCUGAUUUCGUAUUAUCUCACCCUCAUUCUCGACUCGAUUGGAUAUACGGCAGAAAGCACCCAGACACUGAUCAAUGCACUCCUGACGCUGUGGGGGAUGAUCUGGAGUCUUGUUUUCGCCGCGCUGAUGAACAGAUUCGGUCGACGGACUCUAUUUCUUAUCUCCACUGGAGGGAUUCUAGCAGUGUAUAUUGUCUGGACGGCACUUGAAGCCACGUACGAGAAGAGGACCGCACUUGAUGGAACUGGAGGUGAUGGCUAUGCUAAGGGUGUUCUAGCCAUGAUCUUCCUUUACAACUUCUUUUUCUCCCUUGGCUGGACGCCGCUGCAGGUCACGUACUGCAUUGAGAUCUUGCCCUUUGACCUGCGCGCGCGGGGACUUGUUCUUUACAAUCUAUUUGUUGCGCUUGCGGGGAUUUUCAACCAAUAUGUGAACCCCAUCGGUGUUACAAAUAGCAAGUGGAAAUUCUACAUCACCUAUGAUGUUUGGUUGGCCUUUGAGCUUGUGGUGGUCUAUUUCCUGUUUGUUGAGACCGGCAAUCUAAGCUUGGAAGAGACUGCUGUGAUCUUGGAUGGAGAGGAGUACGGGGAUAAGUUGGUUGAAGUCACAGCAUCGCUAGCGGAGAAGAAAUUAGGUGAGACUAUGAAAGAUCGAGCAGUAGUUGAUAGCAGAGUGGUCAAGGAAGAUCUGUGA